GAAAGGCCUUUGAUAUUACGUAUGUACGCCUGAAAUUCCAUACCAGCCGGCCAGAGAGCUUUGCCAUCUACAAGCGGACUCGGGAGGAUGGUCCAUGGGUCCCUUACCAGUAUUAUAGUGGCUCCUGUGAAAACACCUAUCAGAAAGCCAACCGAGGCUUCAUCAGGACCGGGGAGGAUGAACAGCAGGCACUUUGUACAGAUGAAUUCAGUGACAUCUCUCCACUCACAGGAGGCAAUGUGGCCUUUUCAACACUUGAAGGGAGGCCCAGUGCUUAUAACUUUGAUAACAGCCCUGUCUUACAGGAAUGGGUAACAGCUACUGAUAUCAGAGUGAGCCUCAAUCGCCUGAACACCUUUGGAGAUGAAGUUUUCAAUGAUCCUAAAGUUCUCAAGUCCUAUUAUUAUGCCAUUUCUGACUUUGCUGUGGGUGGCAGGUGCAAAUGCAAUGGCCAUGCAAGCGAGUGUGUGAAGAAUGAAUAUGGAAAGCUGGCUUGCAGCUGCAAGCACAAUACCUUUGGGGCUGACUGUGAAAAGUGCCUCCCUUUUUACAAUGACCGGCCUUGGAGGAGAGCAACGGCAGAGAGUUCCAAUGAAUGUCUGCCCUGUAACUGCAAUGGAAGAUCCCAAGAGUGCUACUUCGACCCUGAGCUAUACCGUUCCACAGGCCACGGUGGCCACUGCACAGGCUGCUUUGGUAAUACUGAUGGACCAAACUGUGAGAGGUGUCGAGAGAACUUCUACCGCUUGGGGAGUGAAGAAGUUUGUCUGCCAUGUAAUUGCAACCCUGUUGGCUCCCUCAGCACACAGUGUGACAAUUAUGGACGGUGCAGCUGCAAACCUGGAGUGAUGGGUGACAAAUGUGAUCGGUGUCAACCGGGCUAUCAUUCUCUUACAGAGGCUGGUUGCAGGCGGUGCUCCUGUGACCCAGUGGGCAGCACAGCUGAAUGCAACGUGGAAACAGGGCGUUGCACCUGUAAGGACAAUGUAGAAGGAUUUCACUGUGAGAGGUGCAAACCUGGCUUUUUUAACCUGGAUUCCACCAAUCCAAGGGGAUGUACCCCUUGCUUCUGUUAUGGCCACUCAUCCGUGUGUUCCAAUGCUAAUGGAUACAGUAUCUACAGAAUUACCUCUAGCUUCCAGAGUGGAGAGGAAGAAUGGCAUGCAGAGCAGCGAGAUGGCUCUGAAAUCUCAGUUCGGUGGGUUAGUGAGACUCAAGAAAUCUCUGCGAUCUCAGACACACCUUUCCCCAUCUACUUCAUCGCUCCAGGCAAGUUCCUUGGAAAUCAAAUCUUGAGUUAUGGCCAAAACUUGACAUUCUUUUUUCGAGUCGACAGGCGGGACACGCGCCUUUCUGCCGAGGACAUAGUCCUUGAAGGUGCUGGACUGAGAGUAUCUGUACCUCUGAUUGCUCAAGGCAAUUCCUAUCCCAGUGAGAACACACUGAAGUAUGCCUUCAGGCUACAUGAAGCAACAGAUUAUCCCUGGAGGCCUACUCUUACCCCAUUUGAAUUUCAGAAGCUGCUCCAUAACUUAACUGCUAUCAAGAUUCGUGGGACCUACAGUGAGAGGAGUGCUGGAUACUUAGAUGAUGUCACAAUCGUGAGUGCUCGGCCUGGGCCUGGAGUCCCAGCAACUUGGGUGGAAAGCUGUACCUGUCCCUCAGGGUAUCUGGGACAGUUCUGUGAACGAUGUGCUGAGGGCUACCGGAGGGAAACCCUUAGUCUUGGGCCCUACAGUCCAUGUGUGCCAUGUUUCUGCAAUGGUCACAGUGAAACUUGUGACCCUGAAUCAGGAGCUUGUGACUGCAGGGACAAUACAGCUGGCCCUCAUUGUGAGAAGUGCAGUGAUGGCUAUUAUGGAGAUGCAACCACAGGCACCUCUUUGGAUUGCCAGCCAUGCCCAUGUCCAGGAGGUUCAAGCUGUGCCGUUGUCCCCAAGACCAGGGAGGUGGUGUGCACCAAUUGUCCAGCUGGUACCACAGGUAAAAGGUGUGAACUGUGUGAUGAUGGCUAUUUUGGGGAUCCCCUUGGCACAAAUGGCCCUGUCAAGCCUUGCCGCCUCUGCCAGUGCAGCGACAACAUUGACCCUAAUGCUGUUGGGAAUUGCAAUCGCUUCACUGGUGAAUGUCUGAAAUGCAUCUAUAACACAGCCGGUUUCUAUUGUGAUCGGUGCAAAACAGGGUUCUUUGGAAAUCCCUUGGCUCAAAAUCCAGAGGACAAGUGCAAAGGUUGCAGUUGCAAUCCUUAUGGUACAAGGAAUCCACAGACAAGCUGCAACCAAGUGACGGGACAGUGUGAGUGUUUUCCACAUGUCACAGAGAGGGACUGCAGUUCCUGCGAGCCUGGCUUCUACAACUUGCAGAGCGGGCGUGGCUGUGAGAGGUGUGACUGCCAUCCAUUGGGUUCCACUAAUGGCCACUGUGACAUACAGACUGGGCAAUGCGAGUGCCAGCCAGGCAUCACUGGCCAGCGUUGCGAGAGGUGUGAAGCCAACCAUUUUGGCUUUGGUCCUGAAGGCUGCAAACCUUGUGAUUGUGAUCCCGAAGGAUCUCGCUCUCUUCAGUGCAAGGAGGAUGGUCGUUGUGAAUGCAAAGAAGGCUUUGUGGGAAACCGCUGUGACCAGUGUGAAGAGAACUAUUUCUACAACCGCUCCUGGCCUGGGUGUCAAGAAUGUCCUGCUUGUUACAGACUGGUGAAAGAUAAGGUGGCAGAACAGCGAGAGAGAUUGCGGGAGCUAGAAAAUCUUAUAGCCAACCUAGGAACUGGUGAUGAAACUAUAACUGACCAAGCUUUUGAAGACAGGCUGAAAGAAGCAGAGAAAGAUGUCAUGGACUUGCUUCGGGAUGCCCAGAGCAUCAAAGAUGUAGAUCAAGGUUUGAUGGAUCGCCUGCAUGAGAUCAACAGAACUCUGUCCAGUCAGCUUGGUAGGUUAAGGAACAUCCAGAACUCAGUAGAAGAAACAGAAAACCUUGCUGAGCGGGCUCAGGCCCGAGUGGACAACACGCAGGAAUUGAUUGAAACAGCUUCAAAUAUGCUGCAGAGAGCAAGGAUGGCAGUGGCCAAUGUAUCUAUUACACCACCCGAAUCAACAGGUGACCCCAACAAUAUGACUGUCUUGGCAGAAGAAGCUCGUCAGCUGGCUGCACGACACAAGCAAGAAGCUGAUGAUAUUGAGCGUAUAGCUAGAGAAGCAAAUGAUACAUCAUCACAAGCAUAUAAGCUGCUUUUAGAUACACUGGCCGGAGAGAAUCAAACAAUGAAUGACAUCAAUGACCUUAAUAGAAAAUAUAACCAAGCAAAGAAUCUUUCCCGAGAUCUAGAAAAACAGGCAAAUAAGGUCCAUGCAGAUGCAGAGGAGGCUGGAAACAAAGCCCUGCAAAUCUAUGCCAAUCUCAGCAGUCUGCCAUCAAUAAAUUCUGAGGAGCUAGAGAAUGAAGCCAAUAAAAUCAAAAAGGAAGCCAGAGAGCUGGAUCAGUUAAUCAACAGGAAGCUGAAGGAUUAUGAGGAUCUUAGAGAAGACAUGAAAGGGAAAGAAUUGGAAGUACAAAACCUUUUGGAGAAAGGCAAGACAGAACAGCAGACUGCUGAUCAGCUCUUGGCUCGAGCAGAUGCUGCCAAGGCUUUGGCUGAAGAAGCUGCCAAGAAGGGGAGAGACACACUCCAGGAGGCCAAUGACAUCCUCAACAAUCUGAAUGACUUCGAUAAACGUGUGAACGAUAAUAAGACUGCUGCUGAAGAAGCUCUAAGAAAGAUUCCUGCCAUUACCCAGACCAUUUUGGAGGCCAACAAUAAGACGCAUCAAGCAGAAAUAGCACUGGGCAAUGCUGCUGCUGAUGCCAGGGAAGCAAAGACCAAAGCAGACAAUGCUGAGAAAAUGGCUAAUUCCGUACAGAAAAAUGCUGCUAAGGCAAAGGACGACGCUGACAAGACAUUCUCCACUGUUACUGAGCUAGAUAAGGAAGUUGAUGGUAUGUUACAGGCACUGGAAGACACAGAGAAAGAUCUGAAGAGGAAACAGGAAAGUACUGAUCAAGAUAUGAUGAUGGCAGCAAUGGCUUCACAGGCAGCUCAGGAUGCAGAAGACAAUGCAAGGAAAGCGAAGAAUUCAGUGAACAGUUUGCUUAACACAAUUAAUGACCUCCUUGAGAAGCUAGGGCGUGUGGAACCUGUGGACUCAAGUAAACUGAAUGAGAUCGAAGACACCUUAAAUGCUGCUAAAAAGCAGAUGAGAGAUAAUGAUCUGGACCGGAAAGUGUCUGAUUUAGAGAGAGCAGCUGAAAAACAAGCCAGUGCCAUCAGUGAAUACAACAGGGACAUUAACACCAUUUUGAAAGACAUUAGCAAUCUAGAGGACAUCAAGAAAACCUUGCCAACUGGCUGCUUCAACAUCCCGUCCAUUGAAAAACCCUAAGGGUGUGCUAAGGGCAGGGGGGCAUUCCCUCAAAGACUGAUGGAGCAAUUCUUUAGCUGUGGAGUGCCUUAAUUUCCUAGGUUAUGUUCUUCAGAAUCCCCACCUCAUCUCCCACACAGCUCUUGGUUCUCUUUCUGCAUUGAAAUUGAAAAGAAAUUAGACAGCCUUUUUGGCAUCAAAAAGUCUUCAAGAUACAAAAUCUAUUCACUUUCUUGCUCAGACACUCCACCUUCUUUCCCUCUCUCAAAACACUCCCCAUUGAUUUACACACUGUAAAAUACUAUAGACUGUUGGUUGACCUGAACUUCAGAAAUGGCCAUGGGAACGAAUAUUAUAAUGAGGGGCAAUCAUAAGCUUUUCUUCAUUCCCUUCUUCACUCUUCUGUUUGAUAUCUCUCUCUCUUUUAUUUCUCCCACCUCCUCCCCUAGUUAUCUGUUGUUGUUUUCCAUGAAGGAAAGAGUUUGGCUAUCAAAGUGUUGAAUUGUAAUGGCUGGGAUAUUCAGAAACAGUAGUGGAUUUCAUGGUUAGAGUUUAAAACAAGAGAAAGGCAAGACCAAUCAUUUUUGUUAAAUUAGUUGCCAGUCAAAUCACCACUUUGGUAGCCAGCUGCCAAUUUUAAAUAAACUUUCUAGAGUGCAAUAUGUAUAUGUAUAAUCCUGUUUCUGAGAGAUGAUUUCUCAGAAGCACUUUGGAGGAGUCAUGAGGAAUGUAUGUCCAGUGUCCAUGGUGCUAUACCUUGGCCUGUAAAGCAGGCAUGUCUUCAACAUGUUGUGAACAAGGGCAACAUUUUUAAUUUUUUUAAGAUGACAAGAACCUGCAUAUCACCAUAGUCUUUCUAUCACAAACAAAUUACUAGGCAUCUCCAAGAGAUAUCUUGCAGAGGCACCUAGAGGAAUAUGUGUGGAUACUUCCUUAAAAAUAAAUCUCUCUGGGUUUUUUUUUUGGGGGGGGGGGGAGAAAAACCAACCCAGAGAAAGCUUUACUUGCUAGGGUUGUAGGCAAAGGUUGAUGUCUCAUAGUAAAGAAAACCCAAGAGGUCUCUGCAGUCCUCUUUAAGUUGAAUUAUAUUGUUUGCUGUAGCAGGUUUAUCCCUUGUCUGAAAUCCCAAAGCCAAUUGACCCCAUUUUUAGCAAAAAGUGAUUUUUGGAGACAGAUAACUCAAAGAGUUUGCAGUAUUUAGAAACUGAGCUACUUGCUGCUUAGUAUAAAACUUCUCCCAUUUCAGAAAUCCCCUCUUCCACUUUGUUAAGCUUCGUUAUAGGGAGAAGACAGCUCCUUUUAUGGUUGUUUUCUUGCCCUUGCCUCUUAGCUCUGAACUAGAAACUGAAAUUGCACAGUUUCCUCACUAGACUGAUCUAAUGCUUCAUCCCCCCUGCCUUUUGAGAUCAAUGUAUUGCUACCCUUAAACACUAUGCAACUUUGUACGUUUGCGUAGAGGGGAAGAAAUUUAUUAUCUGACACACACUGGUGCUAUUAAUUAUUUCAAAUUUAUAUUUUUGUGUGAAUGUGGAUUUUUUGUGUCUUUUUUAAUCAUGAUUAUAGUGUGAGGAAAAGUCUGUUUCUCUUUCAUCCACCCCUUUCCCUCCUGUAAAUAUGCUUGGUCUUGUUUCCAGAGUGGGACUGUUCUCUUCACUUUCUCUUAACUAUCAGACUGCCUCUUAUGCCCCUUUCAAUUUACAAUUCUGUGGGGCUGAGAAUCAGGUAUUAUCUCUGCCCAAACUUGCCCGCUUUGCAUUCCCAUACUGGAAGUCAGGGAUAUGCUGUGGCAUGAACAUCAACCUGCUUGACCAGUGUAUUUGAGUCAAAGUCAUCUCCGCUUCUAAAGGCAGCAGUGGUGCCUAAAGGAUUUGAAGGGUGUAAGCUCAUAAAUAACCAAACUAACAUUCUUUGGGGGCAUCUCAGGUGAGACUUUGCCCCUUGAGGGCUCUGUGUGGGGUGAAGUGGGGAGAAGGCCUCAAUUUAUAUUUCCCUUUUGCCUUUCCCCCACUUUCUUUUGCCAUGAGCAGAAAAUAAGUAGAAUAUCCCAUAGAGCUAUAAACAUGCAGUUCUUCCACCCCUUCAUUUAACUUCCACCCAGUGAGGCAAAUGUGAGAGGAUGUCCACAGGCCCUGAAACAAACUCCAGUGUCAUGCUGGGAGCAAAGUUUCAUCUGAACUUGACCGUUUGUUUCCGGUAUGCAGAUGUAACAUUGGAGCUGAUCGUAAUUUUAUGACUGGUUAAAGGCUGCUUGCUGGGCUUGUUGGGGAAACAUAACAUUGGCCUUGUUCUCACUGGGGGGCGGCAAAACUGUGACCAGGCUGGUAAAUUAUUUCCACACAGAAUGCUACCGUGCAAGAAAAAGGCAAGUUACGACCUUUCUUGACAGUAUGUUAGUCUUCUGUGGGGAGAAAUAAAGGAGCAUUCAGUCACUUAACGCUAUCAGGCAACCGCACAGGGAGAUGGUUAUUGAAGGCCCAGAAGCAGGCUUGGGGAUGCAAAAUUGUAGCCCUUCAGUCAGUACCAAUCUGUGGGAAAACAAAAGCUUUCUUUGGGCCUUGCUUUUUCAGUAUUCCUACAGCCUGUCAUUCUCCAGGGCCAGAUCUUCAUUCAUCCAAAUUGCUUGCAAAUAGUUUACAUUAAACAAGCUUACCUCCAUACGAGGUGGAAACAGUUGUUUGAAAAUGAUGUUUCAAUGUGACACGUCACAUUUGGCAUCCAUGUUUUAAUCUGGUCAAGGAAGUCACAUGACUCAAUUCUAACAGCAUCUCCUCUCUGCCCUCACCCCCACCCCUAAGAAAGAAAAAGAGGAUGACAAUAAUGCACUCAGUUGUUUUCUUCUGGCUUUUUCGCUGCUUUUCUAGUAUUCUUCCUUUUCUCUUAAGAAACUGGUUUAAGUAACAGAUUUUUUUAUUUUUUAAUAAAUAAAUAAAAAGACCUCUAUAAGAAUCCUCUUAAUUACAAAUAUUGUGUUAACAAGCCAUUAUCACAUUUGUAUAGGUCCAAGUUAUUUCUUUACAUAACAAAAAGAUGCAGCAGCUGCUCGCAGAAACAUACAACCAGGUGCCACAGGAGAGACCUACUGAAGAAUUCCCCUCAUUUUAUUCUUAACUGUGAGCACUUCCAUGUGUGCCUUCACUCCAGUUUUUGCCUUAAAUCUGUGGUCUUGCUGUCUGGGAGUAGUGAACAAAAACAACAAAAAAUGCAACACUUGGCAGUUUUAUGUAUAAAACAGUAUUUCUUAUUUAUAAUAAAGUCUGAAUAUUUGUAACCCCUCA